AUGACAUUUGGCAAUGCUGAUAACAUCAUCCAGCAAAUACAAAAGGACGAUCUGGCAAAGUAUCGAAAGAAAAACAUAUACUAUCCCUUCAAAGAUCGAGAUGAGUGGGACUUUGUCAAGUUCCUCUGUGAGAACAUGAACAGAAGUCAGAUCGAUCAUUUUCUGAAGCUCAAAUGGGUUCAGGAUGGCAAUCCCUCCUUCUCCUCAGUGCAUACUCUGUUUUUCUGGAUCGAAUCAUUGCCUAGCGGCUCCCGGUGGCAAUUGCAAGAAAUAAAAGUUGAAGGAUACAAAACCGCCAAGCCAAUGAUCCUUCUUUGGAGGGACGGCUUAGAAGUUGCACGGCACUUAUUUGCAAACCCGGUGUUCGCCAACCACAUUGAUUUGGAUCCCAAAAACGUGUUUGUAGAUUAUAAUAAGGUGGAGAAGGAGUACGGUGAAUUUAUGACGGCAGAGUAUGCCUGGGAAUGCCAGGCUGAACUCCCGUUUGGAGCAACUUUACUUGGGAUGAUUGGGGCUUCUGAUAAGACUGUGGUUACAAGAGGGACUGGGGGGCUUGAAAUGCACCCCAUAUUUUUAACGCUGGCAAAUAUCCACUCGGAAGUUAGGAUGAAAGCUACAUCCCAUGCCUGGUUGUGUGCUGGCUUUUUAUCAAUUCCCAAGUUUGAUUGUUCACAUGACCUUCAAACACUUCUUAGUUCUCGAGUCUAUCACAUGUGCAUUGAUAAAAUUGUUGCAAGCUUGAAGUAUUGCGCUCGCUACGGCCAUAAAAUCACGGACCCAUUUGGGAAGGGACGGCUAGCUUACACCCCACUCGUUGCAUGGAUUGCAGACCUCCCCGAGCAACAGUUGAUUGCUUGCAUUUCAAAAAAUUCCUCUCCCAUUUUGACAGCUUCACUUAAACAGUUCGGUGAUCCAUUUGCACACCCUUCAUGUCAUGGCGAUGUCACCUAUCAAAAUAUCUGCAAACUUGCAAAUAGAGUCCACCCGUGGAACAAGAUUGUCAAAUAUCAGGCAGAGGCAAAGAAGUUGGGACUGAGUGGUGUCCACCUCCCAUUCCGGAGAGAUUGGGCAAUGUCAGACCCUGCUUCGUUUCUCGUGCCAGAAAUUCUUCAUACGUGUCAUAAAUUCUUUUUUGACCAUGUCCUCACUUGGUGUAAAGAGCUUGUGGGCAGAAAAGAGCUUGAUCAAUGUUUCAAGGUGCUCCACAAACGUAUUGGAUAUCGCCAUUUCCACUCCGGGGUCAGCCAUGUCAGACAAAUGACUGGACGGGAACAUCGUGAAAUCCAGAGGACCAUCCUAGGAGUCAUUGCUGGCUGUGCACCCCCCGUGUUUAUUCGAGCUAUUUGUGCCAUCAUCGACUUCAUCUAUCAAGCACAGUCUCCUGUCCACACCACAUCUUCUUUAGCUACCAUGGUGGACAUGUUAAAGGAAUUUCAUGAAGAGAAAGAUGUCAUACUAAUGAAGGGGGCUAGGAAGGGGAAGGAAGGCCCUUUGAAGCACUUUUGGAUUCCGAAACUGGAGCUCAUGCAAAAUUUUGCUUGUUCCAUCAAGAGAAUGGGCUCAGUCAUGCAAUACACGACCGACGUGACUGAACACCUCCUCAUCACUCACUGUAAACACCCUUUUAGCCAUGGGACUAACCACCAUCAUGACUUCGAGCAGCAGUGUGUCCAGGUCCUAUCUGUCCUGGAAAGGCUUUGUGUAUUCAGCUUUUACACACUACUGGAGUCUCACGGUCUUGAUCUGGUUGGUGUCAUAGUUGAAGAAGAGGACUCAGUGGUAGAGGUCGUCAAUCCAGAAUUGUUGUGGUUAUCCCGAGUGCUCCCGGAUGAUGAUCACAAAGCGGGACCACGUCCCAUGAGGAACCUGUUCAUUGAUGGAAUCUGGUCACAAGAUGGCAACACGGCCUUUUACGUCAACAAAACAGUAGAUUUCCCAAAGCUGAGCAUUGAUGAUGCCGCAGCAAAAUUUGGUCUCGAAGAUUUCCGCCCCGCACCCGCCAACUACACAUGUCAGCUGAAUCAAACACGAAGGUUAGGUGGUCCCUAUGAUUUUCCGUUCACACAUGUUCGUGUGUGGUUCAAAUUCCGUAUACAGCAGCAUUCUGUACACAAAGCAAACACUAUCAUGGCCCCGCAAACUGUACAAGCUCAAGCCCCUUCUGCAGCAGCCUCUCAAGGAACGUGUGAUGCUGUGCUUGCUGGGGAUCCUUCUGCCAACGGAUCUAUAACAUUACAAGUCCGAAUGGUUUUCCAGCUGAUACCCCCCAAAAACACCACCAUCCCCGCCCACCUUUCGCCAAUUCUACUCUACGUUCAAAACUUCCGAUUUGCGGGACGAAGGAAUAGCAAAGGUGUUGUGCUGGAAGAGCCAGACAUAGAUAUGUUCCUUGUAGAGAGGACAUUUUGUUCAAUGUUGGACUCAUCGGGACAGAAGAUGCGGAUGGGGGGUAUCAUUCCUCUCAGCCAGGUUGCAUAUCCUGUGGAUCUUAUCCCAGUUUUUGGCAGUCAUAUCGAACCUCAGCUCAAUGCAAACAAUACCCUGGAGCGACCUACUCAAUUUUAUCUCAACAAUUUCUCAGACAAAGAAAUAUAUCAAACACCGUUGUCUGAGCUCUAG